AUGGAUCUCAGACCGCCAAGCACCCUAAGCGGAAAAGAGCGGUCGAGAUGGCCACCCCUCACACGGAUGCUGAUGUCUGGAGAGGUAUCGAGUGAGCCAGAAAGAGCGCUGUUCUGGAAAGAAAGAUUGGACAUAUGGAUGGUUAAUGAGGGAUCGCGAAAAUUAUUUCUUUUGGUUUUCGUCUUAUUGCAUCUUAUGGUCUUCACGUUUGGGUUCUUGAACUACCGGAUAAAGGAUUCCCUUAUGACCGCCAACUCCACGUUCGGCUUUGGUUACCCGAUCGCUCGAGCUGCGGCUUUGGUUCUCCAUGUCGACAUCGCCUUGAUACUUUUUCCCGUCUGCCGAACGCUCAUCUCGCUUAUGCGACAGACUCCAUUGAAUGGCAUCAUCCAGUUCGAUAAGAACAUUGCAUUUCACAAGCUCGUAGCAUGGUCAAUAUUCUUCUUUUCCUGGGUCCAUACCAUCGCUCACCUGAACAAUGUUGCCCAGCUGGCAGCGAAGAACAAAAUAGGGUUUAAGGGUUUCUUGUUGGGGAAUUUCAAGACCGGGCCCGGUUGGAGUGGAUAUAUCUUGAUAAUUGUGCUCACCGCCAUAGUCGCAACCUCUAGGGAAAAGCCGCGGCGAGCAAACUACGAACGGUUCUGGUACACACAUCACUUAUUCAUUCUCUUCUUUGUGUUCUGGUCCAUCCACGGCGCAUUCUGCAUGAUCACUCCGGACAUUCCGCCAUUCUGCGCCGGUAUUGGCGUGUUCUGGCAGUUUUGGAUGCUCGGCGGCUUCAUCUACUUGGCAGAAAGGAUUGCACGAGAAGUUCGUGGACGGCAUCGGACCUACGUCUCCAAGGUCAUCCAACAUCCUAGCAAUGUCUGUGAAAUCCAGAUCAAGAAAGAAAAAACAAUGACGAGAGCUGGGCAGUAUAUCUUCCUCUGUUGUCCAGAGGUAUCGGUGUGGCAGUACCAUCCUUUUACCUUGACGAGUGCCCCGGAGGAGGAUUACAUCUCUGUCCAUGUCCGAUGCGUUGGAAACUUCACCAAAUCGCUUGCUAAAGCUCUUGGUUGUGAGUUCGACCGCGCAAAAGGCGAAAAAGAAGGACCGGUUGUCAAGUCAGCGGACGAAAAUGGAGUUGACCCAUCUCUACGCCGAGUCUUACCCCGGGUAUACAUCGAUGGUCCAUUCGGAUCCGCAUCGGAAGACGUCUUCAAGUUCGAAGUCGCUAUACUUGUCGGCGCCGGUAUUGGUGUGACGCCUUUCGCUAGCAUCUUAAAGUCCAUAUGGUACAAGAUGAACUAUCCACAAGGUAAGACGCGCUUGAGGAAGGUCUACUUCUUUUGGAUUUGUAGAGACUUCGGCUCUUUCGAGUGGUUCCGAAGUCUUCUCUUAGCCAUCGAAGCUCAAGACAUGGAUGACCAGAUCGAGAUCCAUACCUACCUCACCGCCAAAAUUAAGUCAGACGAUGCCACCAACAUCAUGAUCAACGAUGCAAAUGCUGAGCAAGACGCCAUCACUGGCCUCCGAGCCCCGACCAACUUCGGACGACCCAACUGGGAUACAGUCUUCAAAUCGAUCAGGAAAAUCCAUGCGCCCGCAGAAGCUGGGGUAUUCUUCUGCGGGCCCAAACCACUUGGCUCAACGCUGCAUAUCAAGUGCAACAUGUACUCUGAGCGCGGUUUCAGUUUUGUAUGGGGAAAAGAGAACUUCUAG